CACUAGAAAAAUUCCUAAACUUCAAAAGGUUGUUUCUUCGUAUCGAUGUGUUCUUAAAACUAAUUUUGAAUGUUUGGGAUUAAAUUAAAUUAGAAAUAUAUUUUAUAAACCUAUUCUUAUGUUAUUAUGACAGAGGAAAAUAAUCCCAGACAGGCAUUACGAGGCUUCAGAAUACAGAAAAAGCCACAACUUUCGCAUCGGUCGAACGGAACCUUCCUAGAUCCUCCUUCAGCAUCAACGAUGAAUUCAAGUGCAGGAGAACCUGUGAGAAAACGUAUCAUCAAUCCAUUCAGUGACUCUGACUCGGAAAUCGAGGGUCAAAAAACUAUUGAGUAUACAGCUGUACAGCAAAAUAGUGUUCCAGAGGUUCCACAAAGCCCAGCUCCAAGAUUCAAUGGGUUCCAAAGGCAGAAAAAUCCAGGUAUCCUAGAGAAAGAAAAACAAAUGAAGUUUCUUCUGGAGAUAUUUCCAAAUCUAGAAGCAAUGAAAAUACACGAUAUUUUAUCCAAACACAGUUUUAACACUGAUGCUGCUGCAGCAGAAUUAUCGAGAACAUAUUCAAGGACAAUUAUGCAAGGUUCUUACGAUGCUUGGAAGCAAGACUAUGAAAAGAAUAUCUCCACAAAUGAACAGAAAACAAAUCAUUAUGGAAACAAGAGACGUGCAAAUGGUGAACCUAGCGUAAAUCGUAAAAAGAAAGUUAAAAGACGAGAAGAUUAUGACAGUGAUGAUAGCACAAACAGUUUAAAUAACUAUAAAGAUAACAGGGUUUUUGAUAGUGAUGAUGAAGAUUCAGAUGCAGAAAUUAGUGAUGUCCUAACGGGUGAUAAAAAGAAAGUAUUAGAAUUUUUUGGAACCGGAACAGUAAAUGAAUUACAGCUAAUGCAGUUUUGUUCAAAGAAAAAAGCAGAAAUGAUUAUGGAAUUGAGACCAUUUACAGGGUGGAUUGAUUUAGUAACAAAACUACAAAGUAACAAAAGUUUAAGUACAGAUCUUCUGAACUCUGCCCAACAAGUAUUGAUAACAAGGAACAAUAUUAGAUUGUUAAUGAAGAAAUGCACAAAUUUAGCUCAACAAAUGGAAAGAGCUGUGGCUGCUGGAGCCGGAGUUAAAGAACAACCGAGAAAUUUAUCUUCUUCUUUAAAACUUACAAGUUAUCAGAUGAUUGGCUUAAAUUGGUUAGCUGUGUUGCACUGCCAAGGUGUAAAUGGAAUAUUGGCCGAUGAGAUGGGUCUUGGAAAGACAGUACAAAUUAUAGCCUUUUUAGCACAUUUGAAAAUAACUGGUCAAGCUCUGAAUACCCAUCUUGUUGUUGUACCUUCAUCCACGUUAGACAAUUGGAAAAACGAAUUUGCUCGAUGGUGUCCAGAACUCAGAAUUUUUAUGUAUUAUGGAAGUACCGAGGAACGCAGGGCGUUUAGGUUUGAUCUUGCAAAGGGCAUGCUGAAAGAGUUUGACGUCAUUUUAACUACGUAUACAAUGGUUGGUAAUAGCCCAGAAGAACGAAAAAUGUUUAGAGUGACACCUCUUCACUAUGUAAUCUUUGAUGAAGCUCAUAUGCUUAAAAACAUGAAUACACAAAGAUACGAGAAUUUAAUAAGAAUAAAUGCAAAGCAUAGGAUUCUUCUCACUGGAACACCUUUACAAAAUAACUUACUGGAACUCAUGUCACUGCUAAUAUUCGUCAUGCCCAAAAUAUUUGCGGAAAAAACGGAGGACUUAAAGAAUCUCUUCCAAAAAAAUUCGAAAACGAAAGAGGACGAUUCAGUGCCCACCUUUGAGAAGGAACAAAUCGAGCAGGCUAAGCGUAUUAUGAAGCCUUUCGUACUUAGGAGACUCAAGAGAGAUGUUUUGCAGGAUUUACCUAAGAAGACUGAUCUUGUAGUAACUGUGUCUAUGGCUCCAACGCAGAAAGAACAUUAUGAGCAGCUAGUAGCAUCUUAUAAAAAUAUUGGAAGUGAAGGUGGCGAACAGUAUAAUGGAAUGAGCAUUAUGACAGACCUUAGAAAAUUGAGUAAUCACCCUUUACUAAUGAGAUACCAUUACGAUGUGGAACAACUGAAUGAGAUAGCGGUUUUGUUAGCUAAAGAUCCGGGAUAUAAAGACACAGUUGUGGAUUACAUUGUAGAAGAUUUAAAGUGGAUGUCGGAUUUUGAAAUCCAUACAAUGUCACAACAAUUCGCGUGUUUAAAUGGUUUUACUUUACCUGAUAAUUUAUUACUUACCUCAGGGAAAUUUUUGUAUUUGGAUAAAUGUUUGCCAGAACUAAAAAAUGGCGGUCAUAGAGUGUUAAUAUUUAGUCAAUAUGUGAUUCUUCUAAACAUUCUCGAAGUUUAUUUACAAUUAAGGAACUACAGAUAUCUUCGAUUAGAUGGUAGUACAGCAGUAAGCAUUAGGCAAGAUUUAAUUAACGAAUAUACAGAGGAUAAAGGCAUAUUUAUUUUUCUAUUGUCGACGAGAGCGGGCGGUCUGGGCAUAAACCUCACCAGCGCCGACACUGUCAUUAUACACGAUAUAGAUUUCAAUCCGUACAAUGACAAACAAGCAGAAGACAGAUGUCACCGAAUGGGUCAGACGCGUCCCGUUUCUGUAUAUAGAUUAAUAUCACAAGGUACAAUAGAGGAGGGAAUGUUGGCAAUGAAUAGAGAAAAAUUAAAACUAGAAAAAGACAUUACAACUGAUGAAUCUGAUAAUCCAGAUGUAAAAAGUGUAGUAAAGUUGCUCUCCUCGGCCCUAGGCGUAGAUUCCACGAAAGUGACCGGUGUGGUAUCAUCAAGAAAAGAAAGUAAAUAAUAUAUGUAUAUACCUAUUUGUUAUUUCUAAGCAUUUUUAAUUGGAUAUUUAAAUGAUUUAAGUUAUUGUUUUCUUCAGCACCUUCUUUUUUAAUGUACUUUUACCAGACCUUAUGUUGUACUGACCCAUCAAAUAAAUAUUUUUAUUAUAAAGUA